UUUUUUGGUUCAUUUAAAGAAAUCUUGAAAAAUACAGUGCACUUCAACAAAACCUUUUGUUUUAAAAGCAGAAGUACAAAAAGUGAUCAUUUUUACAAGUAAUUUAACACGAGUGAUUAAAUAGUUUGAACUUACCGAUUUUUGAUACAAUGUUUUGAAAUUUCAUAUUUUGAUACUUAUAUUUAUAUAUGGGAAAUUAUUUAGAAAAGGCAAGUAGGUGACAAAGGCUGAAAAUGACGGUAGAGAAGAGUAAAGGUUCGAUAAAGAAGUUGCCGCCGGCCACCAGGAAAGUGGCGCCGGAUGGUGGCUGGGCCUGGAUGGUCUGUCUGGGAGUCAGUUUAGUUAAUUUUUCAACCCGUUCCUUGGAGCCGUCUUUUGGACUCCUAUUCAAAGACUUGCUGGAUGAUUUGGGGGUGCAUACGACGGGAGCCUCGGUUAUCGCCAGUACCCUAGAUUCGGUUGUCAACUUUUCCGGCUUCUUCGUAGGCCCGGUGAUAAAAACCUUCUCGUAUAGAAAGGUCUGUUUUGUGGGCUCCACGAUAUGUGCCCUAGGGCUGCUUUUCACUGCUCCGGCUAACAGCAUGGGUCAUAUCAUAGCAACGUAUAGUAUAUUAGGAGGUUUCGGUGUCGGUUUGGCCUCAUCAUCGUCAUUCGUGUCGCUAAAUUAUUAUUUCUCAAAGAAGAGAGGUCAGGCUGUGGGAUUAUCGAUGGCGGGCACUGGCUUUGGCUUGAUGGUAAUGCCGCAGCUUGUCAAACUGUUGCUAGGAGAGUAUGGCUUCAGAUGGACUGUGGUCAUCCUGGGCGCGUUAGCUUUCCACGCGGUACUAGGAUCCUGUUUAUUGCAGCCAGUGAAGAGGCAUCUUAUCGAUGAACCAGUGGACUGCGAAAUGCAAGCAGUAAAGGAAAUGGAAUGCAUUCAUGAAAGUGACGAAGAAGAAGAGGAUAAAUUCGAAAUUAAUCCAUUGGUCAGUCAUCCGAUGCCGAAGCUGACAACGCAGCGUUCUCAUACAAACAUGAACCAUCCAUCUGUCCGUACAAUAGGGAUGCCACGAGCGAAGACAUGUGACAAACCACUACAAGAGUUUGAGAAGAACGCAGCUUUGGGGCUGGGGUUGACAACCGCUGCGUCUGUGGGAGCUAUGCAAAGGGUAACUUCUAGUGGAAGUAUGAGUGAAGCGGCAAGGAAAAGAAAGUUUUCGGUUAUUUCAAACAUUUCUAACAUGGACUUCACCGGCAGUUAUUUACAGUUGUAUCUAGAUACUGCAAACGAUGACGCGAUACAGAUGAAAGCGAUCAAGAAAUCGGAACCGGAACAAGAGAAAAAGAAAGGCUUCCUAAGAAAGUUCAUAGCACUAAUGGAUCUAGAUCUCCUAAAAGACUGGUCUUUUUUAAAUCUUCUACUCGGUCUAUCGCUCUUUUGGAGCGGUGAACUGCAAUUCAGAAUGUUAACGCCAUUUUUUAUUAGAAGUUUAGGUUACAAUAUGAAUGAAACGGCAUUCUGUUUGUCAAUGACAGCUAUCACUGACAUUCUUGUCAGAUUGAUUUUGCCGCCAAUUUUUGACAGGACUACGAUCUCCAAGAAAAUGAUAUUUUUUAUCUCAUCAUUCUUCUUAGCUGCUACGAGAUCAGUAUUAGCUGAACAAAGCGAGUGGGUGCCACUUAUGGUCUGGCUGUCGAUCUGCGGCUUCUUCAGAGGUAUGUGCCUCAGUAACUUCACGCUGACCAUCUCUGAGUACUGUCCGCUGGAGAAACUGCCCGCAGCAUUUGGCCUGCACAUGGUCAGCAAGGGCGUCUUCGUCGUACUAAUCGGCCCUAUCAUUGGUUACGUGAGAGAUUACACGGGCAGUUUUGCGACAUGUAUUCAUGUACAAAACGCACUGAUUAUGUCUUGCGUUCUCGUCUGGGGCAUAGAGUACGCGCUCGCUUUUACAAGACGUCGAAAAAUUGUACAGAUAUAAA